AUGUCGCUAUAUUUUCAUGGAACUAUAAAGAGUCAGCAAGAGUUUAAUGCGGAAAUUGCAGCCGAUUCGUUGGAAAAAGCUAUGAAAGGAAUCGGUUGUGAUAAAAAUAGGAUUGUUCAAAUACUAACACAUUGCAAUAAUGCACAAAGACAAAUGAUUAGAACUCCAUAUAAAACAAAAUAUGGAAAGGAUUUAAUGCAUGAAUUAAAAAAGGAGCUUCAUGGUGAUCUGGAAGAUGUUAUACUCGGUAUUAUGGAAACACCUACCAAAUACGAUGUUUUACAACUGCAUAAAGCAGUGAAGGGAAUUGGAACGAAAGAGAUUAUUCUAAUAGAAAUUUUGAGUUCACGUACAAAUGAAGAGAUAGCGGCGAUCCGGAAUCAAUAUCAAAUUGAUUAUGGAAAAUCCCUUGAAGACGAUGUGAUCGGUGAUACAAGUGGUGCUCUAAAAUGUCUACUUGUAUCAUUAAUUCAAGGAAACCGCGAUCAGAGUCAUUAUGUGGAUAAUCUCAAAGCCAAUCAGGAUGCAAAAAGACUUUACAAUGAUGGUGAGAAAAAAUUUGGCACAACUGAAUCCACUUUCAAUUCUAUUCUUGUUUCACAGAAUUUACGACAGCUUGAUAAAGUUUUCGAAGAAUAUGAAAAAAUUGCUGGUCAUAGUAUUGAAAAAGCAAUCGAAAAAGAAUUUAGUGGAAAUACGAAAAAUGCCUUUCUUGCGGUCGUUCAAUGUAUCCAAAGUAAGCCAAAAUAUUUUGCUAUUCAACUACACAAUGCGAUGAAGGGCCUUGGUACUCGCGACAAUGAUUUGAUUCGAAUAAUAGUGUCACGAUCAGAAAUUGAUCUUCAACUUAUCAAAGACGAAUUUCAACGUCUUUACGGCAAACCACUAGUGGAUUUUGUUAAAGCAGAAUGUUCUGGUGCUUAUCGCGAUGCUCUAGUUGAAUUAAUAAAAGGAAAUUAA